AUGAGCGAUCAGGCGGUGUUGCUGCUCCGGAAGCAGCUCAAAGAGCUUUCGAGAAACCCGAUCGAGGGGUUCUCCGCGGGUUUGGUGGAUGAUUGCAACGUGUUCGAGUGGCAAGUCACGGUCAUGGGACCGCCCGAGACGCUGUACGAGGGCGGGUUCUUUACGUGUAACAUGUCGUUUCCGAAAGAUUAUCCGAAUAAGCCGCCGACGGUGAAGUUCGUGAGCGAGAUGUGGCAUCCGAACGUGUACGCCGAUGGACGGGUGUGCAUAUCGAUCUUACACUCGCCUGGGAAUGAUCCCAACGGGUACGAGGACGCGAGCGAGCGAUGGAGUCCGGUGCAGACGGUGGAGACGAUUAUGUUGAGCGUGAUUUCUAUGCUUUCCGAUCCGAACGAUGAGAGCCCGGCGAACGUAGACGCGGCCAAGGAGUGGCGUGAUGAUUAUCCGGCGUUCAAGAAGCGUGUGGCGCGAUGUGUGCGAAGGAGUCAAGAGGAGUAA